AGGUAUGAACUUUGAGGAACAGAAUCGACGACGGCUUAUCAUCCAUCCUGUUCUUCUCUCUCAGGCACACUCACUCACCCGUUCGCCUGAAAAAAAUGGACAACAAUCGUCAAGAAACCCUAAACGCGGAGACCAAAUCCCCAGAAGAACAUGACCCACUCGCCAUUGACCCUUCUUCUCCUUUUUUACCCUUUGCCUCAAUCUCUCUCUCCCUCUCCACCUUCUUCCCCAGCUACACCCAGUUCUCCCUUCACCCGAAAUUUACUCAGUUAUUUUCUCACAAGGUCAAAAUCCCUACGCAAGCCUCUUCUCUUACCCAUCUCUCUCUCUCCACUGCUCCUUCUCCUUCUCCUUCCAGAAUCUCCUUCAACUCCACCGUCUUCCUCAAUCCUCUGCUGUCUCCUCUCUCCCUCGUCCCUCGCCGCCCCGUCGAUCCUUCCUCCGCCGCUGCUCUCCGCCGCACCGCUGUCGUCUGGUUCCGCAAUGACCUCCGCGUCCACGACAACGAAUGUCUCAACUCCGCCAACGACGAGUGCGUUUCCGUUUUGCCCGUCUACUGCUUCGACCCCAGAGAUUAUGGCAAAUCCUCAUCCGGGUUCGACAAGACGGGGCCGUUUCGUGCCCAGUUCCUGAUCGAGUCCGUCUCCAACCUCCGGAAGAAUCUCCAAGCGAGAGGGUCGGAUCUCGUCGUUCGUGUCGGGAAACCAGAGUCCGUUUUGGUCGAAUUGGCUAAGGCGGUAGGAGCGGACGCGGUGUACGCCCACCGUGAAGCGUCUCGCGACGAGGUGAAGUCGGAGGAGAGGAUAGAAGCGGCAAUGAAGGAGGAAGGCGUCGAAGUGAAGUACUUCUGGGGAAGCACGCUGUAUCACAUUGACGAUUUGCCGUUUAAAUUAGACGAAAUGCCGACGAAUUACGGUGCAUUCAGGGAUAAAGUCAAGGGUCUGGAGAUUCGGCAGCUGAUGUCGGAUUUGGAUCAGUUGAAGGGUUUGCCUUCUCAGGGAGACGUAGAACCCGGCGAUAUUCCUUCUCUGGUGGAUCUCGGGAUCAAUCCGACCGCUAGAACGAGUCAGGAGGGGAGACCUGCAAUGGUGGGAGGAGAGACAGAGGCAAUGGAGAGGAUACAGAACUUUGCAGCAGAGUGCAAGGCUCAAUCGAAGGGCAACAACAGUAACAGCGUGUAUGGCUCAAAUUUCUCGUGCAAGAUAUCGCCAUGGUUGGCCAUGGGGUGCAUCUCUCCUCGUUCCAUGUUUGACGAGCUGAAGAAAACCGUCUCGAGCGCUGCCUCCGCCGUAACUGCAAGGAAGGGGGCAGGAGACAUUGGGCUGAACUGGUUGAUGUACGAGUUGAUGUGGAGGGAUUUCUUCAGGUUUAUCACCAAGAAGUACAGCUCUCCCAAGAGACAGGAGGUUGAAGCUGUUCCUGCAACAGCUUGCACUGCUGGUGCCGCCUUUGCUUAGACGACAGAAGUUUUGCUUCUUGUCGAUGUCUGUUCUCUCUGUUAAAUUGAUUCCUUACUCCUCACGACAUUGUACGCUUUCCUUUGAAUAAAAGGAGUAUUAUUGGGUUGGGGAAUA